AUAGAAAAAAUCAGACAAAAAAACUCAUAAAGAAAAAAAAAAAACAGGAAAACCAUUGAAAAAUCAAAACAGAAGGAAAUACCUUUUUUAUCACGGUUAUCCAUACAACAAGAUAAGGAAGGCGAUAGCUAAGGAUUGAAAGGUAUCAUUUCCAGUUACAAGCCUGUUCAGAUUUGUUAAUUUUAUUUUAACUGAACUUCCAGUUUUAUAAGUGAGUGAGUAAUUUGAUUAUGGCUGAUAGCAGAAGGUGUCGUCGUUGUAAAAGAAAGAGACUCGACGAUGAACCGUUUGAGGUUCAACAGUAUAAGACAUGUGCCAAAUGUCGGAUCAUUGAACGUACGAAGAAGAAGCUGAGAAAACCAUUGGCGGAAGAGACCAUGAGAUAUGGGUUGAAACAAUUCUAUGAACAGAAUCAGAAUUCCAAUGCCCACGAAGAUAUUUUUUAUAGUGAACAAUUGAAAAAGGAGUUGGAGGCUUUCGAAAGAGCUGCUGCUGCUGAAGGUAGAACUCCAUCUAUAACUUUGGAAUCGGCAAAUCUAGGAAGCACAAUUCCUAAUCGUGCUAAUGGUACUACUUCUGCUAGUAAUAAUAAUGGUGGAUCAACUACUAAUUUCCGUCAAUCAUCAUCUCCAGGUAAUCAUGAUAUGUACCAACAACGAGGAGGAGCCGGACAACAAUUUUCUCUCUAUCAAGGACCAAACGGAGGUAAUUCGAGCAAUUCAAUUCCAACAAUGAAUUCGUAUUCUGGUUCAAUACCAACUCCUUCUACUUUCAAUCACCAUAAUCCGAAUAAGAUUGUUAAGAAUGGAUUACCUCGACAUAUAUCUACAAGACCCCAUCCUGAAUUACAUCAAUAUCGCUCAUCUUCGCAAUCAAUUCAAACGAGUAAUCAACCGCGUCAAUAUCCAACCAGUGAACAACAAGCCACUAUUAAAAGAAUUAAAAUGAAUACUCCGUAUAUUUGUGAAUUAUGUGAUGAUGAUCUUAAACCAAAAGAUGAAAUUAAUGAAGUCUAUCGAUUAUGUCAUGAAUGUUUUAAAAACCCUUUUGCCAAAGAGAAUGUUUAUGAAUCCUUUAAUGAAUAUAUGUCUCAUAUAGCUGAAUUUAAUGGUCAGGAAGAUUUAAAUGAUUUAAAUUUCAUUUGUGAAUUAAAUCCCCGUUUUAUCGAUCAUUUGGAUUAUCAAAAACCAAUUAGUAGUGAAACUAUCUUCAGAGAAUUCUUAUUAGAUUCAUUGAGAAAUAUUUAUUUGAAUCCUCUUAUGGGUAUAAUUAACAAUGUUACUUUCAAUCAAGUAAAGACGAAUGUUAAUGAAUAUAUUCCAACAUCACCAACAGUCAAUAAAUACACUAAGAAGAAUCAAUAUAAAUCAACUAAUCCAAUCAAAGCCAAUUAUAAAGAAUCUGAUUCCGAUCAAGAUAAAAAUAUUUCCUCCAUUUCAAUGAUUUACAAUAUUGCUAACAACUUAUUGAUUAUUAAAUUGAAUCAUAAAUUUCAUUUCCAAAAAAUCGAUUAUUCAGUUGAUCUAUUAAAGAAAAUCAAUUCUUUAAUACUUGGUAAUGAUAAGUUAAACUAUACCGAUAGUGCUAUUGAGCUAUACCAAUAUUUGAAAAAUGAUGAACAAUUUGGGGAUUUCAUUAAAAAAGUUCCUUUGAUCCAAUUCAAAAAAGAUUUCCCUACUUUUGAAAAAACUCUUGAGACAAUCAAAUCAAACGAAGAGUUAGUCAAUGCUGACUUGAACGAUAUCAUUACAACUAACUCUGAACUUCAAAAAAAUCCAACCGACUCCUCUGAUCUUCCUUCCAAAAUGGAGGAUGGAACCUCCUUUCGUCCAAUGGAAGAAUCAAAAGAAGUCGAUCCUGUUUUCGAUCAAUGAUUUUGCUUCUUCUCUCAUGUACAAUAUAUAUAUUUUGAUGUAUUUCUACCAUGAUAAACCACCAUCUUCCCCGUAUCUUUGUAUCAUAAUUGUUGUUCCCGUAUAAGUUAUUAUUAGAAUCAUGCGUGUCUAACUUCUUGACGGCCAACAGAAACCUACUUAAGCUCUAUCUAGCCUCCAAUGGCGAACUACAGACCAAAGCCAAGACCAACACCGCACCGUGAUUACAUUCUAAGCUUCAAGUAUACCGUUCAGUUCCUACUUUAAAGCUUUUCAAGGGUUUAAACACGUAUUUAUCGCAGCCUCCUUCAAAAGAAAAAUCACCUAUUUCAAGCUGAGCACACACAAAAAAAAAAAAAAAAAAAAAAAAAAAA